UGGGCUUGGCUCUUCUUUCCAAGCCUGGGCAUUUUCGCUGGGCAAUGGACGAGACGACGCAUCCGGCCAAUCAGCGCAGGGCCCGACGGACCUGGCGCAACUCGCUCCCAAGGGCCUGCUGAGGCCGACAAGACGGGCUACGCGGCACAAACUUCUUUUCCCUCUGCCUUGGCCCACCCACCGCUGACUGACCAUGACCAUGUCUGAGCGACGCUGGGAGCAGUUUGCCGGCCUAGGCGUAGCACUACGUCGGCGAUGCCCCCUGUGGUCGUCAGAGGCGCCAAGGGCCAGGCAACGCGCUGCUGCAGUCCGCCCAAGGCUCUCCGCUGGCUCCAUACUUCGGAACUCCUGUGCGACGACCCAUCUUGCGACGCCAUCGAGGCGUCCUCCAGACAGCAGCACAGGCGUCACGCCCGUUUGCUUGAUGAUGCCGUCGUGGAACCUGCAAAAGCAAGCCCUGUGUGCUGUCAACAUGGAGCCGCGUGCGGUUACUUGCCAGCUGUUGCGAGCGCAAACUCCAAGCGUUUGCUGAGCGCUCGAUACUUGGGUACAGCGUCCAAGCGUAGCUGAAACAGAGCUAGUAUU